UGCGGUCUUUGGCAGCGAGGGCACACUGAAUGCGCCCAUUGGUUCUGCUUCGCUCUGAAGUGACGGCUGUAAAACAGGGGCUUGGAAGAAGAUAUUUGGCUUCUGUGACAGCUUGCAAAUAUGUUAUUAUCACCUUUGUUUUAGGUAGAGACUGAAAGCCACCUUAAACAUACCAGGUGCAGAGCACAACAGAGUAACCAUGAAUGACAUUGCACAGAAAACGGAGAUUCUGCUUUCUUCAUCUAAACCCGUCCAAAAGUCCUAUGUGCCCAAGCUUCACAAGGGUGAUGUAAAGGAUAAAUUUGAAGCUAUGCAGAAAGCAAGGGAAGAAAGAAAUCAAAGGAGAUCUAGAGAUGAAAAGCAAAGAAGAAAAGAACAAUAUGUUAGAGAGAGAGAAUGGAACAGGAGAAAGCAGGAGAUGAAAGAACUGCUUGGAUCUGAUGAAGACGAUGACACCAAACUAUCUAAAAUAGAAAAGGGUUAUGUUCCAAAGCUCAUAGGAACCGUUAAAGGCAAAUUUGCAGAAAUGGAGAAGCAAAGGCAAGAAGAAGAAAGAAAAAGAAUGGAAGAAGAAAGAAAGCGGAGAAUUGAACAAGAUAUGAUUGAAAAAAGAAAAAUUCAAAGAGAAUUGGCAAAAAAGGCACAGGAGAUUGAUGACUUUAACAAUACGGGAACUGAAUCAGCAGCUGAGGAAGGGGAUGAUUCACUGCUAGUUACAGUAGUGCCUGUAAAAAGCACCAGGACACCUGGGAAGAUGAAAAUAACUUCUGAGAACACAGGAAAGGAGACAGCAGAAAUAAGAAAGAUACAGGAUGAAGAAAUGAAGCUAAAAUAUGAGGAACAAAACCAAUUCCUUAAGGAACCCAAGUGCCUUUCAUUUGUCAAGGGUCAAAAUGAAAACAGUGAAGCUCAAGAGCCUCUGUCUCCUGGUAAGCUGAAAGUCACAUUUGAAGAACUGGAAAGACAAAGACAGGAGAAUCAAAGGCGGCAAGCAGAAGAAGAAGCAAGACAACGUUUGGAAGAAGAAAAACGUGCCUUUGAAGAAGCCAGGCAGCGAAUGAUAAAUGAAGGUGGCGAUGAAGAAUCUGAAAAUGCUGUUAAAGAACUCCGCCCUGGUAAACUCAGACUCAGUUUUGAGGAAAUGGAAAGACAGAGGAGAGAAGAGGAAAAGAGGAAAGCAGAAGAGGAUGCACGACGACGCAUAGAAGAGGAGAAAAGAGCAUUUGCUGAAGCAAGGAAGAAUAUGCAGGUGCUGGAUGAUGAAUCACCAGAAAUGUUUAAAACCUUUUCUCAAGAAUCUCUCAUACCUGGUAAACUGGAAAUUAAUUUUGAGGAGUUGCUGAGACAAAAAAUGGAAGAAGAAAAGAGGCGCACAGAAGAAGAGCGCAGGCAAAAGUUGGAAAUGGAAAGGCAAGAAUUUCAACAGCUGAGACAAGAAAUGGGACAGGUCUGUGUCGGGUUUUCCGAAUCCAUGAAGGGCAGUUUACUGACAGCAAUCCUCGAACGAGUGGCAUAUUCAAGCAAGCUGGAAGAAGAGUCUGAAACUUUUGAAUUAAGCAAAGAAUAUGAAGAAUUGAUGAAGCUAAAAAGAAGUGGUUCUAUUCAGGCAAAGAACUUAAAAAGCAAGUUUGAAAAAAUAGGACAGCUGUCUCAAGAAGAAAUACAGAAGAAGAUUGAAGAAGAGCGAGCAAAGAGAAGAGCAAUGGAUGAAGAAAUAAGAGAAAGGGAAGCUGAAAAAUUUCAUGAGGAUGAUGACGUAGAUGUGACACCAGCCAAGAAAUCCGAGGCUCCAUUUACUCACAAAGUAAACAUGAAGGCUCGCUUUGAGCAAAUGGCAAGAGCCAGAGAAGAAGAGGAGCAGAGGAGGAUUGAGGAACAAAAAUUACUACGUAUGCAGUUUGAACAAAAAGAAAUUGAUGCAGCAUUACAGAAGAAAAGGGAAGAGGAGGAAGAAGAAGAGGGAAGCAUUAUUAAUGGUUCUGCUUGUGAAGAUGAGGAUCAAGCUCGAUCUGGAGCUCCCUGGUUCAAGAAGUCACUGAAAAACACAUCAGUUGUUGACGGCGAGCCAGUAAGAUUUACAGUUAAAAUUACUGGAGAACCAAAACCUGAAGUUACAUGGUGGUUUGAAGGGGAGAUGUUGCAGGACUCUGAGGACUAUCAAUAUAUUGAAAGAGGAGAAACCUACUGCCUUUACUUGCCAGAAACCUUCCCAGAAGAUGAAGGGGAAUAUAUGUGUAAAGCAGUCAACAAUAGAGGCUCAGCUGCUAGCACCUGUAUUCUCACAAUUGAAACUGAUGACUACUAAUGCUCUACUUUAGCUGGAAUCUUUCUUCCCCUCAACUCUCUUACUGCAUCAUCUCUUUCUCUGAUGGGGCCAACUAAAGAAAGCAAUGAUGUGCAUUAAUUUGUCAUUCCUGCAUCAGAUAAGAAUAUACCUUUCACAUUGUGAGAAUUCCCUACUCAAAAACCAGUAUCAAAGGCUAAGAUUAAAAAAUCAUUGUAUGAAAGAUCAACUGAAGGAAAAAGCUGAAUUAUCACAGUGCUCCAGCAUGUGAAGACCAACUCUUGUGUAACAGAAUAAAGCUGAAUACACAAUCUGGAAA